CCCAGUAUCUGGCAGUGACAAAGUCAGUACUUGAGUGAAUUCCUACAAACAUGGCAGUCCUUGUUCCCAAACAGAGUAAAGGAAGUGGAUGGAUUAUGUAGUAGAAUUAGACUAUGUCAAAUCAUUUCUGUGUAUGAAUUCACAGAAGAUAUUGUGGCUGAUGUCAUUUUUGAUGGCCUCGAAGAAAAAUACAGGAGUGAACUACCAGAAGAAUGUUUAAAGCAGUUGAGUGCAUUGGUCAAGUGCUCUGGUUUCAAAUUUCAAGAAGCUUUAAUGUCUGCUUUGAAGAAGAUUGUAUUUCGGUAUAUCCAGUCAGGAUUUGCCAGCCAAGAUGAGAAACUGGCGCCCUUACUCAUGGAGAAAACUCUGUGGCCGCAGGGAGUUUAUGAAGAUGCAGUUGCUAAAAGUAGAAAUGCAGAUGCUGGACUACUUCAUGAUGCGCACUACAUUGAACACAUUCACUGUACCAUUGUCUUCAUCGCUGAAAGUGUUCAGGAGCUGAAAAUGAAGGAGGAGAAGAGAUCAUCACUGUUUCAUCCUGUUCCAAAGCAGAUGGAGAAGAAACAACAGCGUAGAAAAAAGCAGUGGGCUUUUCGGAAGAAGUAA